CUUGUCUCUCAUUCCUGGCUCUAUUUAAGGAGCAGAAAACUCACAGGUGUUGCAACAUGUCAUGCACUUCUUCAUCCACAUACCCUAAUUUCACUGUUAUCGUAUUCAUCGUCUUUCACCGAUUCCUCUUCACUCAUUUCUUGCAAUUUAUUCCUCGGAACAUGUUUCAGUAACCAAACACCACUUGUACUUUGUUUUCUCCUGCAAUUCUCUUCAGCUAAUUACUGGAACCAUGACAACAGCAGAUAUUGCUCGAACAGUGGUUGGCAUCAUAGGAAACAUCAUUUCUGGUGCCCUGUUUCUCUCCCCAGUGCCAACUUUUAUCGAGAUAUGGAAGAAGCGAUCAGUGGAACAGUUCUCACCGAUCCCAUACCUAGCUAUGGUGGUGAACUGCAUGUUUUGGACCCUCUACGGUCUACCCAUGGUGCACCCUCACAGCAUUCUGGUCGUAACCAUUAAUGGAUCUGGUUCUGUUCUUGCACUCAUAUUCGUCACACUCUUUUUGAUCUAUUCCGAUGGAAAAAAGAGGCUCAAGGUUUUCCUCUGCCUUUCGUUGGAACUUCUUCUUAUUGCCGCUCUCACCUUUUUCACAUUAACUCAAGUCCACACCUUCAAGAAACGCUCUGAAAUUGUGGGUUCAGUUUGCAUUCUCUUCAAUAUCAUGAUGUAUGCUUCACCCUUAUCUGUCAUGAAACUGGUGAUCAAGACGAAGAGUGUGGAGUACAUGCCCUUUUUCAUCUCACUGGCAUCUUUUGGGAAUGGCGUGGCUUGGACCACUUAUUCUCUCAUCCGUUUCGACCCAUUCAUGACCAUACCAAAUGGGUUUGGAACAUUGCUUGCGGUGGCUCAGCUGGUUCUGUAUGCCACCUAUUACAAGUCGACUCAGAGGCAGAUAGCAGCAAGAAAUGCCACAAAAGAGGUGAAUUUGUCACAUGUUAUGGUGGCUAAUAGCAAGCCAAAUCACUGAUCAUCGUUCAUUCUUAUCAUUAUUAAGAUCUCUUUUGUACACUCUGUUCUCUCCCAAUAAGAGGUUUCAUCUGAUGCAAGUUGGUUCAACAUUUCUUGUAGUGGAUUGGACUUCCUAUAAUUCAGAAGAUUUUAAAUUCUAAA